UUGAAAGGGGUGUGAGGCGGAAGUAAUGAAGGAAUAUUAAAAUCUGAAUUUUUGUUCUCGAGCUGUAAAGAAUUUAGAAAAUAAUGUUUUAAGACAUUCAGAUCUUUGUUUUUUCCUCUUCAAAAAUGUAUAAAGGGUUGUUAAUGCUUUUAUAGAAAGUUAAGGUAACUGUUGGCGAUAACUUUGACGAGACUUCAGCUGGUCUGUUUAUAAGCAACACUGCUAGUUUCAUUCAGUGAAUCGGAUGACAGUAGCAGAAUUAAACAGGACACUGUCUAUUUAGAAAAUAGGAUAGAUUUGAGACAAACGUACGCAAUCUUCAACUCACUAUCUCUUUAAGUUGCAUGAUGGCAGGUUUGCUCUCUACCCAACAUUAUGCAGCGUUGGGUAAAUUAAAACUACUGAGAAAUCAACCUGCCCUGUCAGCCCUAACUACCACUCAGCGUAAAUACAGCAGUAAGGAUGCAGGGAGUGAGUACUUGCACAAAAGUGUCGUCCCGACCAUGCAUUAUCAGAAGAGUUUACCAAGGUUACCAGUUCCAAAACUGGAGGACACAAUACGGAGAUAUUUGGCAGCUCAAAGACCCCUGCUGAAUGAUGAACAGUACAGCAAAACAGAGAAAGUAGCAAAUGAUUUCCAGAAUGGCUUUGGCAAACAAUUACAUGAAGAACUUGUGGCCUUAGACAAGACAAACAAGCACACCAGCUACAUAUCGGCUCCAUGGUUUGACAUGUACUUAGCUGCCCGGGAGUCUGUUGUGCUUAACUUUAACCCCUUCAUGUCAUUUAACCCUGACCCCAAACCAGAGUACAAUGACCAGCUUGUGCGGGCCACCAACAUGGUGUGCUCAGCCGUGCGGUUUAUGAAGACCCUGCGAGCUGGUCUGCUCGAACCUGAAGUGUUUCACCUUAACCCUGCCAAGAGCGACACGGAUAGUUUCAAGAAGUUCAUCCGAUGGGUGCCCUCUUCCAUCUCAUGGUUUGGAGCUUACAUGGUAAAUGCGUAUCCUCUGGAUAUGUCCCAAUACUUCCGCCUCUUUAACUCCACGCGUAUUCCCAAGCACAAGCGUGAUGAGCUGUUCACAGAUCAAAAGGGCCGACACCUGCUUGUGAUUAGACAAGGCAACCUGUAUGUGUUUGAUGCACUGGAUCGGGAUGGCAACCUGAAAAAACCCUCUGAGAUUCAAGCUCACUUGAAAUACAUACUAGCAGACCCUACCCCAGCUUCAUCGUUCCCCUUAGGCGUACUGACCAGUGAAAACAGAGACACUUGGGCAGACUUAAGACAAAAGCUACUGGAUGCUGGAAAUGGUGAAGCCUUGCGGUUAGUAGACAAUGCUCUGUUUUGCCUCUGUCUGGAUGAAGAGAAGAUGAAAGAUCAUAUUCACAUCUCCCACAACAUGCUUCAUGGUGACGGCUGCAAUCGCUGGUAUGACAAGUCCUUCAGUAUCAUCAUUGCUAAGGAUGGACAGGCAGCCAUCAAUUUUGAGCACUCUUGGGGUGAUGGAGUGGCCGUCCUCCGUUUCCAGAAUGAGGUUUUCAAGGACACCACAGAGAAGCCUCUGGUUGGUCCCGGCUCCCAGCCAGCAUCUGUAGACUCUGCCUCUGCAGUCCAACGACUGGAGUUCAAACUAAAUGAUGAGUUAAAGGCUGGAAUUGCAAAAGCUAAAGAGAACUUCAAUGAUGCUGUAUCAAAGCUCACCAUCGAUGCCAUGGAGUUCAAGAAGGGUGGAAAGGAGCAACUAAAAAAAAAGAAGAUUAGCCCAGAUGCAAUUGCCCAACUGGCUUUCCAAAUGGGCUUCCUACGGCAGUACGGGCAGACCGUUGCCACAUACGAGUCAUGUAGUACCGCAGCCUUUAAACAUGGCCGCACAGAAACCAUUCGUCCUGCUAGCAUUCACACAAAGCGUUGUACCGAGGCUUUUGUGCAACAGCCAGGACAACACACAGUUGAUCAGUUACAGGGGCUGCUAUAUGAAUGCUCAAAAUACCAUGGACAGCUUACCAAAGAGGCAGCUAUGGGUCAAGGAUUUGAUCGUCAUCUUUUUGCCAUGCGCUACCUGGCUAAUUCUAAAGGAAUGGCACUGCCCAGUCUGUACCUGGACCCUGCAUAUGCUGCCAUAAAUCACAACAUCCUGUCCACCAGUACCCUUACCAGCCCUGCAGUCAGUCUAGGUGGGUUUGCUCCCGUGGUGCCUGAUGGUUUCGGAGUGGGCUAUGGUGUCCACGAUGAAUGGAUUGGGUGCAAUGUGUCCAGCUACCCUUCCAGAAAUGUUCAUGAAUUCCUUAAGUGUGUACACAAAUCCUUGGAGGACAUUUUUACGGUCCUUGAUGGAAAGCCCAUUCAUUAAUAAUAAUCAAUUAAUAAAAAGCACUUAAUCUGUUGGUGAAAUGCAGUAUUGGGCAUUUAGGACUGGUUUGGAUUUGUAAUAUGUGUGGUGUUAUCAGACAAGGACUAAAAAUGACGUAAUUGUCUUUAAUGGGUUAUUGUAAAAUGUGUGGAAACCAUCUGUAAUUGCUUGAUAUUUAAAUCUUACUUUAGUAAUUGAAGUCACUGUAAGUAAGUAAACAUAUUGCAGUUAGGACCAUCUAAACAUUUUUUAAACAUAGGGCAUUCUUUAUAAUUGUAUAAACCUUUUUGAAUGAUUUCAUUUCAGUUAAUUUUUCUUCAAAUACAACUAAACUGAUCACA